CCGCGGCGAGGGGACAGUCGCCAGCGGCAGCCGCGGCGCGGUGCGAUCCAACCAUCCCAUCGCAUCCCGGUACGAUCCAUCCAUCCCACCGCAUCCCGCUGCGGGACAUCCAUCCAUCCAUCCCAUCGCAUCCAUCCCAUUCCCCCGGUGCUGUGCGGGGUUCAAUCCCAUCCCGGUUCGUGGGGAUAUCCACCGCAGCCAAGCGCCGCGCGGGCCGUCCCGAGGCGGAGCGGGGCAUCCCUCGCCGCGCAUCCCGGAGCGGGGCAUCCCAUGGAAGCCGAGGGUUACCGCUGCCGCAGCAGCCGCCACAUCGAGAGCGGCCAGUCGGCCGUGCCCAGCUCGGUGCUGUUCGCCGCCGGCCUUUUGGGGAACGUCCUGGCUCUGCUGCUGCUGGGCCAGCACCGCCGGCGCUCCCGCUCGCCCGGGGGCCGCCCGCCGCGGGUCUCGGCCUUCUACGUGCUGGUCACGGCGCUGGCGGUCACCGACCUGCUGGGCAAGUGCCUGAUCAGCCCCAUGGUGCUGGCAGCCUACGCCUACAACCGCAGCCUCAGCGAGCUGGGGCCGGGCGGCCGCGGCGAGGAGCAGCCGGGGGUGCUCUGCCAGCUCUUCGCCUUCCUCAUGGCUUUCUUCGGGCUGGCCCCCACGCUGCUGCUGCUGGCCAUGGCUCUGGAGUGCUGGCUUUCCCUGGGCCACCCCUACUUCUACCGGCGGCACCUGACCCGCCGCCUGGGCGCCGCGCUGGGGCCGGCGGCCGCGGGGCUGUGCGCGCUGUUCUGCGCGCUGCCCCUGCUGGGUUUUGGGGAGCCCAUGCAGUACUGCCCGGGCACUUGGUGCUUCAUCCGCAUGGCCGGCGGUGGUCCGGGCCAGCUGGGCUUCCCCGUGCUCUACGCCAGCCUGAUGGGCUUGCUGGUGCUGGCCAUCGUGGCGUGCAACGUGAGCAGCAUGCGGCACCUGUACGGCAUGGCCCGCAGGCAGCCCCGCCGCGGGACCCCCCCCGCCGCAGCCCCGCGCAUGGAGGAGCUCGACCACCUCGUCCUGCUGGGGCUCAUGACCGUCCUCUUCACCGUCUGCUCCCUGCCGCUCAUCAUCCGAGCCUACAUGGGAGCUUUUGCUGCCGAUUUCAAUGAGAACGCCGACCUGAGCGCGCUGCGCUUCCUCUCCGUCAACUCCAUCGUGGACCCCUGGGUCUUCAUCAUCUUCCGCACCUCCGUCUUCCGCUCCUUCGUGCGCCGCGUCUGCCGCCGCCUGGGCUCCCGCAGAGCCUCUCUGAAGGGCUCCAGCCCUGCUGGUGACAGCCAGUUCUGUCCCCCGGGCUGCCGCAGGACAGCUCCGCCGCCGCUCGGCAUCCCUUGAGCGCCGCGCUGCUGCAGAAGCCGGCGGCUGCUGGCGAGGAUGAGGAGCGAGCCUUCGGCCCCGCAGCCCUGCCCUGGAGCAUCCCGAGGCGCCACAGGGCGGUGGCAGGGCUGGGACAGCGUCCAGCUCGCUGCGAGGGACGCCGUGAAGGGUUUCUGUGCCCUCCCCAGGCUGCGUUUUGCCCCGGAGAGGAUCUGGGAUCUCCUGAGAUCCGGGAAUAUUCCGAGCAGCAGCGUUUUGUGGAGGCUUUGGGGAGAGCCCGGCUCCAGGAAGGCAGAGGGGCUUUGGAGUGUGGUUCAGGGCAGUGGGGACGCACAGGGAGGGGAAGUGUGGCUGUGUCCCCCAGGAAUAAAAGUGGUUCAGUGUUUCA